AUGGUUCACAUCAAAGAGUUCGCCGUGGAACAAUGGAUGGACAAAUAUGAAACCACAGCCAAAUACAAUGUGGCGGAAACAUGCUGUGCGUCAAUUUCAUUUAAUGAUCUCCGGGAGCUGUCGGAGGACAAGUCCGACCCGUUGGACCUGAGCAUUAAGCUCACUUACGGAGCUAUUCGUGGGUCGGAACGACUCCGGGGAAACCUGGCAAGGCUGUACUCCGAUCAAACACCCUUGCCAUCGGACAAUGUCUUGAUCACUGCUGGCGCCAUCCAAGCCAAUUUUCUCCUGCUCUAUACUCUGGUUGGGCCCGGCGACCAUGUUAUUUGCCAUUACCCCACAUACCAGCAGCUCUACUCAGUCCCGGAAUCGCUCGGGGCCGAGGUGAGUCUGUGGAAAGCCAAAGAGACAGACAACUGGAGGCUGGAUAUCAAUGAACUAAAGAGUCUUAUCCGUCCGAAUACCAAAAUGAUUAUCCUCAAUAACCCUCAAAAUCCUACCGGAGCGGUGAUACCCCAGGAGACAUUAAAGGAAAUUGUUGAAAUAGCUCAAAGCUCGUCCAUCGUUGUCCAUGCCGAUGAGGUUUACCGACCGCUGUAUCACUCUGUCGGGGAAGGCCAAGCCCCGCCAUCGCUCCUGUCUCUAGGAUACGAGCAUACCGUAGUGACUGGCUCCAUGUCCAAGGCAUAUAGCUUGGCAGGACUCCGUGUUGGAUGGAUUGCAUCUCGCGACCGCUCAAUUAUUGAGGCCAGCGCCAGCGCCAGGGACUACACAACCAUUUCUGUCGGCCAGCUGGAUGAUGCUAUUGCCAGUUACGCGUUAGCCCCCGCGUGUGAGCCCAACCUCAUUAAGCGGAACCUUGACUUGGCCCGCCGGAAUUUGGCAAUCUUGGAGAAAUUCAUCGAGUCACAUCGGUGGGCAUGUGACUGGGUUAAGCCGCGAGCAGGUACCACGGCAUUUGUGCGUUUUAACAACCAAGGCCUUCCAGUGGACGAUGUAGCCUUCUGUGAACAACUGCAGGCCAAGAUUGGGGUGAUGUUUGUCCCUGGAAGCUCAUGUUUUGGGGAAGGAGAGGAUUAUGAGGGAUAUGUUCGGAUUGGGUAUGUGUGUGAGACGGAGGUGUUGGAACAAGCCAUGGAGGCGUUGCGAUCAUUCAUGGAUGGGGAAUAUAGGAACGUGCCGGUGAGGAGCAGCCGGACUUAG